AUGGCCAUCCGUAAAGACCUUAUAGGGGCGGUUAGGGUCGAGAACCGCACUGAUUUAGUAGACCACCCCUAUUUACAGGCCCUGGACAUAUGGGAAGCACCAAUAAUUAGCGGGCAUGCCCCCCGACGCACUAGAAUAGUCAACUGCUAUGAUGUGUGGAUUGGGGCCAGUUACCGGUGGCAAGGGGCCUUCCCUAGACGACGCCGGGCCAUCGAGGACGCAGACUGGGACCUGCUUAUAGUGGGUAGGUGCCUAUUAGUGGGUGAUUUCAACGCCCAUAGCCCUUCGUGGAACCCACUGGCCAAGGGCCGGGUUAACGCUGAGCCCUUGGAACAGCUUAUAGAGCGGCACUCACUAUAUGUUAAUAACCCACUGGGGGAGGCCACACGCUAUAAGAAGACCGAGGGGGUGUCAAUUAUUGAUUUAGCGUUAUCCUCGCCAACCCUAGGGCCUCUGCAAGCCUGGGAGGUGGAUAAGGAUAAGCCUACAACAUCUGACCAUGAGCUUAUCGUCCUAGCCUGGGAAGCCCUAGAACCCCCCCCAGGAGGAAUCUCCGGGGAGAUUACUGGGUGGCAGAUAGAAGCUCUGCAGGUAAACGAGGAAGCCCUAAAGCUGGCCACAGCAGCUUGGGCCUCAGAGGCUGUAGGCCACCCCCCUCUUAGUGAUCAAUGCACCGAGGAAGACCUUGCUAGAGAGGCCAAUUGGGUGCAGGACACCCUAACCAGCGUACUCGAUAGGCAUGCCAAAGCAGUACGGCUUUGUGCACGCUCUAAGCGGUGGUGGAAGCCAGAGCUGCGGCAAGCCCGGAGCUUAUGGGCUGCAGCCCGCAAGCGGUGGCAGGCCCAUGCCUGUACCGACACCGAAUUCAAGGCUGCAAGAACCGCUUAUUACCAUGAAAUAAAGGCGGCUAAAAGGACCUGCUGGGAGGUCUUCCUUGCUGAGGGAGGCCCUGGGGGGAAGGAAGAGUGGAAAAAAGAUUCGAACCCCACUGGGAACCCUUUUCCCAAAGGCCCUAGGGAUGGCCUGGAAAAGCCUUCUCCAGGAGAUCCUAAUAGGUGUUGGAUAGCCCUACAGUACACUAAGCCACGGACUAAUCCCACCACCCCAGCACUCCAAGGCCCGGAUCUAGGGGCUCCCCCUGCCACUACCAUGGCCGAUAAAGAAGCCCUAAUCAGGGAAAUGGCAUUUCCUAACGCCCCCCGUAGCUCCCCUCCUGGGGAGCUGCCAGGUGGACAGGCCCACAUGCUUAUAACGCCAGAGCGGGUGCAUCAGGCCCUAUUCAGCCAGAGCAUUAAGAAAGCUCCGGGGGCCGACAGGCUCAAUUUUAAAGCAUGCCGGCUACUCUGGGCACUAGACUCACCCCGAAUCAUAGGGAUGGCUAGGCAGUGCUUUCGGCUUGGGGUGCACCCAGGGGCCUGGAAGACCGCUAAAGGCAUCCUACUUCGGAAGCCAGGGAAGCCUGAUUACACCCAGGUGAAGGCCUGGAGGGUGAUAAGCUUGCUUAGCUGCCUGGGCAAGGUUGUUGAGAAGCUGGCUGCAGGCCUUAUAGCGGACUGGUGUGAGGCCCAGGGGGCUUUACACCCUGGACAAAUGGGGUGCAGGCGGGGCCGUGGGGCUAUUGACGCGGUGGCCUGCCUCGUGCAAACAGUGCACGAGGGAUGGACUCAAAAGCUUCUCACAGGCACUAUCUUUAUUGACGUUAUGGGGGCCUUCGACCAUGUUGACCCCUAUAAGCUUAGUGAGGCUAUGGAAGCUGCAGGCCUGGACAAUGACCUUAUAAGGUGGACCUUAUCCUUCCUUACAAAUAGAAGGGUCAGCCUCGUAAUUGACGGUUAUAAAGCUCCUGAACAGCCUAUUGACUCAGGGCUGCCCCAGGGCUCACCGGUCUCCCCAAUCCUCUUUCUUAUCUAUAUCCGGGGUGUGUUUCAGGCUAUGGAACAGCAGGUGCCAGGGAUCAAGGCCCUGUCCUAUGCCGAUGACAUAGGCCUGGUAGCCCAGGGAAGCUCGGUCUCUGAGAUCUGCAGGCAGCUAGAAGCAGCGGCAAAAGCUGCUAUUGAGUGGGGACUGGCAGAUAGCGUCAAAUUCGACCCUAAAAAGACAGAGGCCAUCCUAUUCUCUAGGGCCACCAGCAGGGAACAUAAAAAUCAGGUCCAGGAAGCUAGGGUGCAGGUAGGAGACGCUUUAGUGGCAUUCUCCCCAACAGCCAUCCGGUGGUUAGGGGUCUUACUAGAUCCAAAGCUUACCCUCAAAGCCCACUAUAAGUACCGCCUGCAAAAAGGUCAAAAUACUGAAAGACGAGUGCGGGCACUGUGCAAGGCCCAGGGGCUCCCCCCAGGCCUGGCAUGGCGAAUCCAAAAGGCCACCGCGCAGUCAGUGGCGCUUUAUGGGGCCGAGCUUUGGUGGCAUGGGCAAAAGAACUGCCUAGAAGGACUGCAGGGCCUAAUUAAUAACCAGGCCCGGGCAGUCACAGGCAUGCUGAAGUCCACCCCAUUAGGACCGCUUAUAAGGGAGGCAGCUUUGGAACCAGCAGAGGCCCUAUUAGAUAGUAAACAGCGGCGGUAUGCCCUGAGACUCCUAGGACUUCCCCAGGGGCAUCCAGCAGCAGAAAUACUCCCCAUAACGCUUAGGGAGGGAGACGCCCAUGCACAGCCUGGAGAGCAGCCGCUAGAAGACCGAGCUUGGGCAACACCAACCCGCCGAGGCCCCUGGAAGCUGGGCAUGGGCCUGGCCCGCAGGCUACGAGAGGCCUUGACCGCCGACCCCUCCCAGGGCUUUGAGCGUACAAUAGAGCCUGGUAAUAGGUCUAUACCACUAGAUUUCAGGAUAGACUCCCCUGAAACCGCUAUGCAAUUAGCCUCAGACCCCCUAAGUGGGAUAGGGAACACUGACCUUUACUCAGACGGUUCCAGGUUAGACGAUCAGCGCGUAGGCGCUGCGGUAGCUUAUAAGCCACUUAUUGGCCCCUGGAGGUCGCGCCUAGCUCCCCUGGGCGCAGGCUUCGAAGUCUUUGAUGCAGAACUAAUAGGAGUAGUCGAAGCCCUAGAGUGGGCGCUGGCAGAGAAUCUUAGAGGGCCAAUUAGGGUGUUUCUCGAUGCUCAAGCCGCUAUAGGCAGGCUUCAGCAUACCCAGCCAGGCCCUGGCCAAGCCCUGGCGCUGCGGGCACAUGAUCUAGCCAAGGAACUGCAGGCCACCGGCCGCAGGGUUACUAUAUGCUGGGUGCCAGGCCAUAAGGGGGUCCCAGGCAACGAAGAGGCCGAUAAAGCCGCCAAGAAAGCUGCGGGGAAGCCCCGAACAGGCAAAUACUCGGGCAUCUCACUGGCACAUGCUCAACGGGCCUGUACCGAAGCUUAUAGAGCUGCCAGGGCCAACUGGCUUGCUGCAAAGCUUGCAAAGCGUGCCCAGCGGGCAAGCCAGGCCUACUAUCCCCCCCGGGGAUGGAAGCUUGGCCCAAUGUUGGCGAACACCCCCAAGCACCUAGCGCGGCGAUAUUACCAGUUCAAGACUGGCCACGCACCAAUUGGGGCCUAUUUGCACCGAAUUAAGGCCCGAGACUUCCCUAAUUGCUUGGGGUGCUCUAGGGGGACUGAGACGGUAAGACACCUUCUUACAAACUGUCGACAGUGGUGCCACCAGCGGGAAAAACUAUAUGCCGGCUUGGCCGAAGCGGGGGUAAAGGCCCUGCAGGAUAGCGAGCAGUGCCCCGAAGCACGCCUAUUCCAGGACCCAAAGGCCACUACAGCGCUGCUGGCGUUUAUAGGGGCCAUUAGGGAGCGAGAGGAUAACCAACAGGCCUGGGAGCAGGCCUAUAAGACUGAUAAUUGGGGCAUUGAGGCCCUGGAUGAGGGAGAGCGAGAGGGGGAAGGAUAG